AUGCUUUAAGGCGAACAUUAAUUUUCUGAUUUCAUAGCUGUGAUAUUUGUUUAUGGAAUUAUUUUCAGCGAAUACUAUGCCUUUGUAUUUAUUUUCCUACCUGCAUUUCUUAUUAAACAUGGAGUUACUUCUUAUUUUAUUGGGAUCGAAUUUUCAAUAAUAUUUAUUUUCCUAAACUUAGCUUACAUCAUGAUUUAAUAUAUUAAACCAGGAUAUCCUCCACAAGAUUUAGCCAAACAUUAUCACGAAAGAACUUUGGAAGACAUCAAAUAAAGAACAAAAAAAAUGACAGAGAAAAUUAAUAAGCAUAGAUAAAGAAGAAUGUAAAACCAUAUUGAAUUGCAUGAUGAGAAUGAUGAUGAAAUUCGAUAUUAUCCAAGUAUUAUAAUUAGUUUCAUACUGUUUUAAAUGACCCAUCAUUGUAAAGAAUGCAAUAAAUGUGUGCUGAGAAUGGAUCAUCAUUGCCCUUGGGUGAACAAUUGUGUUGGCUUGAAAAACCAUAGAUAUUUUUGUCAAUUCAAUUUCUAUGCAAUCUUGUGUAUGAUUCAGUGCUCUUUAUUUAUUUCUUAUGAUAUAUUUGUAAAUGAUAAGUUAGUAUUGCAAGUAAAAUUUGCUUAAGCUAUUUUGUAGGAGUUAACAAAAAAUCAACAGUUUAUAUUAACUAUUUGUAAUGUUACUUGCUUUGCUCUAGUAGUUGUGAUGGGAUUUCUAUUGGGGUUUCAUCUAUAUCACAUUGCUUAAAAUAUCACUACCGUUGAAUUCCACAUAAAUGAAAUGAAAGCAAAUAAUCCUUUCAAAAAACCUAGAAUUAUUGACAACUUUAAGGAGGUCUUUGGUCCUGAAAUUAAAUAUUGGUUCCUCCCUAUAAGAAAUGCAGAAAAGAGCGCAUUUCCCAGAACAGACCUAUUUGAAGUUUGA